CGUUUUAACUGCUGCAGAUGGGGAGUUCAGACGAUUUUUGCAUUGGGUUAUAUCAAUUAUGUAUAUUUUCAUAUACCGAUGUCACUCGUGAGGUCCAUUGCCGUAAGCCUACAGCUGUUACAACGUCAUAAAGAUAGUCUCGUGUGGACACGGUGGACUAGAGUCUACUAAACGGACCACAACCGAGGCGCGCGCACAGUAGCAGGCUGAAGACGCUUCGCCCUGAUGUUUGAGUGACAGAGUGACUGCCGUAAAAAGGAUGAAGAAUAAAGACAACGGAAAUCUGAAAUGGACUAGUUCCUCCUCUUCUGAAGUGUUGGGAAUAGCCGAACUUCCUGCAACCGCCACCAUGAACCUCUCCAACGAGACGACUCCACCGUGCUUCUCCAUCAACAAUCCCCCCUUCAACUUCACCCACUCCAUUGCUUCCGUCUACUUCUCCACUGUGUUCAGCCCUCUGGGCCUCACCUUCAACCUCAUCGCUUUUGUGGUCCUCCUCAAGUCCUUCCAGCGCAUGCACAGCCGCUCGCGCUCCUCCUUUCUCGUCUUCCUCGGCGGCCUGGUGGUCACCGACUUCAUGGGCCUCCUGGUCACCGGCAUUAUCGUGAUCUCCUUCCACUUCACCCAGUUCAACUGGCGCCGCCUGGACCCGCACUGCCACUUCUGCAACUACAUGGGCAUGUCCAUGGUCUUCUACGGCCUGUGCCCGCUGCUGCUGGGCGCCACCAUGGCUGUGGAGCGCUUCGUGGGCAUCAACCGGCCGUUCGCCCGCUCGACCAGCAUGCCCAAGUCGCGGGCCGUGUGCAUAGUGCUGAUGGUGUGGGCGGUGGCGGGGUGCAUCUCACUACUGCCCCUGGUGGGUGUGGGGAGCUACCAUAUGCAGAUACCAGGCUCCUGGUGCUUCUUCAACAUUAGCUCUAAGGCUAGCGACAUGGUCUUCUGUCUGCUCUUCUCUCUGGUGGGGCUGCUGUCCAUAGCCGUGUCUUUCCUGCUCAACACUGUGAGCGUGGUGACCCUGGUCAAGGUGUGCUGUGGCCAGGACAGCACGCAGCGUCGCCGCGACUACGAGGUGGAGAUGAUGGUGCAGCUCAUCUGGAUCAUGAUGAUCGCUACCGUCUGCUGGUGCCCCCUGCUGCUAAGCAAGGUUGGUCCCUGGAUUGAAGAACAGCUGCUGCUGGAAAUGCUGUUGGAGGUCCAGAAGGGGGCCCUCUGGUCUAUGGAGAUCCCAAUGCCCCAGGGCAGCGAAGGGGACAUUGUCCUGCGUAAGGUGCCGUCUUUCGGAAUGGGAUGUUAAACGGUUGUCCUGACUCUCCGUGGUCACUAAAGAUCCCAUGGCGCUUAUCGUAAGAGUAGGGGGUGUUAAACCCAGUGUCUUGGCUACAUUACCAACCUGACCAUCAUGGCCACCUAAUCAUCCCCAGCUUCCAAUUGGUGGUUUUAUCCCCUCUUCUCCCCCUGUAACUCUUACCUAGGUUGUUGCAAUAAUAUGUUCUCAGUCAACUUACCUGGUAAAAUAAGGCUGAAUAACUGGCUGAACAGCAUAAACUGUGGGGCGUCUUUGUAAGCAAUGUGCAUUGCUUACAGCUAAGGUCAAGUUCAGGAAGAGGAACUGGCCCCUGUAUUAGGGAGUGGGGCUGUAUGCUGGCUGGAGAUAAGGCCUGUAAGAGAGGGCCAUCUCCGGCUGCAGACAUACGGGGAUAUCCGGGCCAGAGUCUCUUUCCUAGAUCUGCCUCUGUCCCUCUGUCUCUUUGUGUUCAAUCGAUUCAAUUCAAAACUGAUACAAAGUUUUCAAUCGCACAGUGAAUGAGUUCAGUUGAUAAAAGUACUAACAAAUACAUAAAUGUUAUAUUACAUAAACAAACUGUCUCAGACAUGUAAUGUACAGGGCAUUCAGAAAGUAUUCAGAGCCUUUCCUUUGUUACGUUACGUCUUAUUCUAAAAUUGAUUAAAUCAUUUUUUCCCCUCAUCAAUCUACACACAAUACCCAAUAAUGACAAAGUGAAAACAGGUUUUAAGAAAUGUUUGCAAAUGUAUUAAAAAUAAAAAACAGAAAUACCUUAUUAG